UUUCUUGAAACACUUCUACAUUUAUUAUUUUCUUCCUACUCCUCUGUACUUCCUUUCCCCUCUUCUACCAGUACUUUCCCGUCAUCUGAUCAUCUUCUUGAACGAGCAACAGACGAUAUGACCGGCUACAUCACAAGAGCAGUACCAACCCCCGCGUUCUUCUACCCUACAAUGGACGAGGACUGGGAUGAUGAACCCGUUGGCCAAGCGCCCAAAGCUUUGGAAUCGCAGAUUCCUGAGUUCUUGAAAAACUCAACAUCUUUUCGAUCUGAUGCAAAUGCUGGGUUUGACACCCAAGCUGACCCCUUCUUUGGGGACAGCAGCAGUAAAGCAGAAGAGCCAUCCUUCGGGUUUGGUAAUGGGCCUGUGUCAUCCUUUGAUGACGUUCCGGGUGACAGCGGUGGCUCAUUCUGGGACAGCGCCGGCACCCAAGGUGGCGAUGGCUUUGGCUCGGACAACGCAGGACGAGGCCGUGGCCGGGGCCGGGGGCGAGGACGAGGCAGGGGAGGGAGUGGAGGUGGAGGAGGCAGCUGCUACAAUUGCGGUGAAGAGGGUCACAUGUCACGCAGCUGCCCUAAGAAAGCUGACUCUGGAGAUGACUUCUUUGGUGGAAGCAGUUUUGGUGGUGGUGGUGGUGGAGGGGGCGGCGGCGGCGGUAGAGGUCAAGGGGGUAACUGCUACAAGUGCGGUGAAGAGGGCCACAUGUCACGCAGCUGCCCAAAGAAUGCUGAUUCUGGAGGAGACUUCUUUGGCGGUGGUGGUGGUGGUGGUGGUGGCGGAGGAGGUCGAGGGGGUAACUGCUUCAAGUGUGGUGAAGAGGGCCACAUUUCACGCAACUGCCCCAGCGGAGGCUCUGAUUCCAGGAGGGACAAGGGAAGUGCUGGAGAUGGUUUUGGUGCCAGCUCUGGCAGCAAAGGUGGUGACAUGGAGGAACCAGAACGUCCUCCACCAAUGUUCUGCCCUAAGGAUGUUGAGGAGAAUGAAUUGUUUGAGUUGGGUGUGGAAAAGGGAGUGAAUUUUGAUGCAUACAGCAAGAUACCCAUCAAGGUGACUGGAGAUGAGCCAAUACCCCCGGCAGCAGAAGCCUUUGAGGACAUGGGGCUGCGGAAGGUGUUGCUUGAGAAUGUGAAACAAGCCAAGUACUCAAAACCAACACCCAUCCAGAAGUAUGCCAUACCAAUCUUCAUGAGCAGCAGGGACCUCAUGGCUUGUGCACAGACUGGCUCAGGCAAGACAGCUGCAUUCUUGCUUCCGAUGCUUCACUACAUCCUGGAAAACGAGGUUGAGAGCCAUGCCUAUGAAGAUGUUGCUCAGCCUGUUGGACUUGUUCUUGUCCCCACACGAGAGCUUGCAAUCCAGAUCUUUCAUGAGUCCCGGAAGUUUUCUCUGAACACUAUGGCCAAAAACAUUUGUAUCUACGGAGGAGUUCAGACAAACCACCAGCUGAGGCGCAUGAAGGAACAAGGAUGUCAUAUUGUAAUUGCAACCCCAGGCAAGUUUUUGUUCUUCCUGGGGAUUGGGAAAAUCAGCUUGAAGUCCCUGAAGUUCUUGGUGUUUGAUGAAGCUGAUCGCAUGCUGGACCUCGGCUUCAUCGAUGACAUGGAGAAGUUGGUGGCUAAUCCUGAGAUGACGCCCAAAGGAGAGCGCCAGACAAUGAUGUUCAGUGCAACCUUCCCCGAGGAGGUUCAGCGGUGUGCCCUGCGAUUCAUGGACAACUACCUUUUCCUUGUUGCUGGACAAGUUGGCGCAGCAAAUAAAGAUGUGUGUCAGAUAAUUGUUCAGGUGGCCAAGUUUGAGAAGAGGGACAAGCUGGCAGAGUACAUAAGGAGUUUUGAAGGCCAAGAGAAGGUGCUGGUGUUUGUGGAGAUGAAGCGCCAAGCUGACUUUGUUGGGUCGUACCUCAGCACCAAUGGCUUCUUGUCAGUCACUAUGCAUGGAGGCCGUCACCAGGAGCAGCGUGAGGAGGCCUUAUCUGCCUUCCGGUCUGACAAAUUCAGGGUUCUUGUGGCUACUUCAGUGGCUGCCCGUGGCUUAGAUAUUCGAGGUGUUGGAUAUGUCAUCAACUACGACCUUCCCAAGACUGCAGAUGAGUAUGUCCACCGCAUUGGACGAACAGGACGCGUUGGCAAUCGUGGACAAGCUGUGAGCUUUUUCGACCCUGACCAAGACUAUGGUUUGGCCAAGGAUUUGGUCAGAAUAUUGAAAGAUGCAGAUCAAGAGGUGCCAGACUGGUUAUCCACUUCAGCACAAGGGAGCAGUCUGGGAGCCUCGUACAUGGGCAGUGGCCAGUUUGCCUCAACAGACAUCAGAAAACACAAUGAAGGAGCAGAAGGUACGAGUGAAAGCAUGACCCAGUUAGGCGGCCCUGCGGCUGAUGAUGAUGAAGCGUGGGAUGAUUAAUAAGGGAAAGAUGUGCAGAUGCCCAUGCUUGUUACUUGUUAUUUAAAAGUCAAUAUUUUUAAUAGAUCUGGCAUAGGUUAUGGAUUGAACUGUAUAAUUACCACAAAAUUAAUCAUUGUCAGUAAUGAUUAAUAAUACUAUGAUUUGUAUUCAUAGUAACCAGUCAAAACAGUCAUGACUUUUUUCAAAGGAGUGAUUUUGGUAAAAGUGAUUUGACUAUCUGCUCACUGCAGUUCCAGCCAUAUAAUGUUGACUAAUGUAUUGCAGUAAAAAAUGCUCCAUCUACUAGUAUGUAAAGGGCUCUGCAGUCAUUAACAUAAGGCAUUACACUCAAGUAGCAUUAUUCAGUGGUUAAUGAUGUCAUUAUUGAACUUAGCCAAGUAAGAUAUUUACUGAGGAGAUCAUUAAUUUUGAUCAAUUAGUCUAGCAGAUGUCUUUAUUUGUACCAUUUUUACUUUUACUUUAGAUUUGAACUUAGUGAAUGAAACUUAAAACUACCAUUCUUUGUCCGUUGAUGUAGAGAAAAUAAAUAAAAUAUACAGUGUGA